AUGCUUACACACUUAGUAAUGAACAAUGUACAACAAAGACCGGAAUCGCUUUCGCUAGACAAGAAAUCAAGCAACACAUACAUACCAAGACACAAUACAAUGCCUGAAACUACCAACACAAACGCCCAAACUCAAACAGAAACAGCAGCCUCCAAGCCAAAGCCAUGUUGUGUGUGCAAGCCAGAGAAAGAGGCCAGAGAUGAAUGUCUUUUGUUCAAUGGCCAGGACAACGGCAAGUGUGAUGAGCUUAUUGCCAAGUACAAGACCUGUAUGAAGGGCUACGGGUUUGACAUUUAA